UCGCUUGCGCCGGCGGCGAAAAGCACCCUGCAUGAGAGAUAACUUGACCAUCGGAGCCCCUGCGGACCAGUGCGCGCUCAGGCAGUCGGUGAAGGGGGCAGCUGGGAGACGUCCCGAGCGUGCGGGACCGACAGGCGGCAGAAGCCCGGUGGGAGUCCGUGGGGUUCCGGCCGGGAACCCACCCUGCUCCCAAGCGGCCCCGCCCCUCGGUGACUGUCGCGGGCCGGCCAAUCCGGGCAGGCCGCGGCGCCGCGCAGCCUAUCAGCGACCAGGGCUUGCGUGCGCUUCCGCGUUCGCGUGCGCGCCCAGGCCCGCCGCCGCCGGAUCCCGCACUUGUCCGCGGCUCGGUCCGGCGGGUCAGCCAGGACCCGGGCCGUCGCUUCCCGGGGGACCCGAUGGCUUCCGAGGGUAUGGCGGGAGUGCUGGCGGCCGUGCUGGCCGGCCAGGGGCUGCGCGUGCAGAGCUGCGACUCGGCGCCGGCCGGGGAGCCACCGGCACCGGUGCGGCUGCGGAAGAACGUGUGCUACGUGGUGCUGGCGGUGUUCCUCAGCGAGCAGGAUGAGGUGCUACUGGUCCAGGAGGCCAAGAGAGAGUGUCGGGGGUCGUGGUACCUGCCCGCGGGGAGAAUGGAGCCUGGGGAGUCCAUCGUGGAGGCGCUGCAGCGGGAGGUGAAGGAGGAGGCGGGGCUGCACUGUGAGCCUGAGACACUGCUGUCCGUGGAGGAGCGGGGCCCCUCCUGGGUCCGCUUCGUGUUCCUCGCUCGCCCCACAGGUGGAAUUCUCAAGACUUCCAAGGAGGCUGAUGCAGAGUCCCUGCAGGCUGCCUGGUACCCACGGACCUCCCUGCCCACUCCACUGCGAGCCCAUGACAUCCUGCACCUGGUUGAGCUAGCUGCCCAGUAUCGCCAGCAAGCCAGGCACCCUCUCAUUCUGCCCCAAGAGCUGCCCUGUGAUCUGGUCUGCCAGCGGCUUGUGGCCACCUUUACCAGUGCGCAGACAGUGUGGGUGUUGGUUGGCACAGUGGGGAUGCCUCACUUGCCUGUCACUGCCUGUGGCCUCGCCCCUUCGGAGCAGAGGGGUGGCAUGAAGAUGGCUGUCCUGCGGCUGCUGCAGGAGUGUCUGACCCUGCACCACUUGGUGGUGGAGAUCAAGGGGCUGCUUGGGCUGCAGCACCUGGGCCGAGAUCACACUGAUGGCAUCUGUCUGAAUGUGCUGGUGACUGUGGCUUUUCGGAGCCCAGGGAUCCAGGAUGAACCCCCGAAGGUUCGGGGUGAGAACUUCAUUUGGUGGAAGGUGACGGAGGAAGGCCUGCAAAGCCAGCUCCUUCAGCGGCUUCAGGGAUCCUCUGUUGUCCCAGUGAACAGAUAGGGCGGGGGAGGAGGUGACGAGGAGCUGGGCGGCUGUGCUCCCUCCAGUGUGGCCUUGUCUCCCUCUGAGGGAGGCAGGAGGCUGGCGACCAGGGAUCUUGUUGCAUUGGGAGCAGGGGUGCUUUCCUGGUCCCCAGAAGAGAUGCUUUGAGGAGCUUUCCUCUAGAUCGCACAGGGACAGUGCCUUUAACCAAGCAAGGAAUCCAAAGCUCAGGACCUGGCCACUCUUCGGGCACACUGGCACUUCUCCCCGGGGGUUGGGAGCUUUCUGCACUCCCAGUGGUGUCUUGUCAUCACAGUUUGUGUUUUCCUUGGGAAAGGCCUGCAUCCUGAUCCCUCCAGGCCCUUAGAGCUGGGAGGGGCCCUGGGGAAGGUCUCCUGAGGGAGGAGCCCUUGCUCAGUAAAGAGGUGUUGCUUA